CAGUGCGUUAAGCAAUAGCCUUCAUACUUUUGUAUAUUUAUACAAAGUCAGCUUAUUGAACCCAAAAACUGGGUCCUCAUUUAACCUACCUUAGAAAGGAUGGAAGGCUGAGUCAACCUUGAGCCUUGGAGAGAUUCGAACCAGCAGUAAAUUGCAGGCAGCUGUGUUAAUAACAGGGUGCUUUAAACCACUGUAGUACCAAGGCUCUUCUAGUCCAACCAGAAGGAAGGAAGGAAGGAAAGGAAGGAAGGAAGGAUAACAGAGCCUGAAGGUCUUCUAGUCCAACCGGAAGAAAGGAGGGAAAGAAGGAAGGAGGGAAGGAGGGAGGGAGGGAAGGAAGGAAGGAAGGAAGGAAGGAAAGGAAAGGAAAGGAAAGGAAAGGAAAGGAAAGGAAAGGAAGGAAGGAUAACAGAGCUUGAAGGUCUUCUAGUCCAACCAAAAGGAAGGAGGAAAAGAAGGAAGGAAGGAAGGAAGGAAGGAAGGAAGGAAGGAAGGAAGGAAGGAAGGAAAGAAAGAAGGCAGAAUAACAGGAUAACAGAGCUGGAAGAGGCCUUGGAAGUCUUCUAGUCCAAUCCCUGCUCAGGUAGGAAACCCUAUGCCAUUCCAGCCAAAAGGUGAGCCAAUCUCUUCUUAAAAACUUCCUGUGUUGGAGCAUUCCCAACUGCUGGAGGCAGAGGUUUUAUUUUAUUUUAUUUUCGCUGAACGGAUUCACGGACGCGAGGAGUGUGCAAACAAUCCUUAUAAGGCAUGCUUUGCUCUCUCUCUUUCUCUCUCUCUUUUUUUUUUUUUUGCACGAACACCUGCAAUGGGAGCUGGAGGCAAGGCCAAAAAAAAAUUUUUUUUUUUCCCCUUCUCCUUAAAUGAAAACCAGAAAAACCCACCCCCUUGGCUCUCCUUUCCCUGCUUCCCACUGGCUGGACCCGGUUGUAAAAAAAAAAAAAGGGGGGAGGCGAGGAGGGGCAGAUUAAGUCAUCGGAUGAGUAAGAUAUAAAGUUUUCUUUGGUGAGCGAGUCCCAACAGAGAGAAUUCCACUCCGCCGUGCCUUGCAAAGCGAGGACAAAAAAAUAUAUAUAUCUUGAUUUUGGCUGCCGGAGAGGUGAUGCUGAAUCCAGUUUAAGAAAAAAAAAAAAACAAUUUUUCUCUCUCUCUGUUUUUAUCUGGGAGACCCCUAAUGCUGGACAACUUCAUCCCGGAUUCCUGAAUAUUUUGAUUCCUUCCAUCGUGCUUGGAUCCCGAAUUAUCCUUCGCUGAGCGGAUUGUGCUGAACAAGCCAGGAACCAUGCAAGCUUGGACGCUCUUACCCAUCAUGGCUUGUGGCCUCCUGACGCUGUGCCCUCAGGGGUCCACAACCAGCAUGGGCCACCCGCUACCCAAACCCCUCCAAGGCCCAAACACCCCUCAUCCGUCGGUCAGCCACACCCCGCUCUCCGGACCGGAGAAAGCAUCUCCCGCGGCGUCCGAUGACUACGACGACUACUACGAAGAUUAUUACGACAACUUUCAGACCACCGAGUCCCCCCGUUCCGUCUCCCCGGGGUCGCUGACCCCCUUUUGCGCCUACGACCGCUGCAAACAUCUCCAAGUGCCUUGCGCAGAAUUGAGCCGGUUAAGCAAAUGUUUGUGUCCCGGAGUCACCGGUCCGGACGUCCUCCCGGACGCUCCCCGUUUACGAGCGGUUCACGUCAGCGAGACCCGAGCGAACUUGCACUGGUGUGCCCCUUCGUCCACGGUUCAAAAGUACCACCUCAAGUACCAGAUCCCCGGCGAGGAUUUCAUUUCAGGGCCUCCGCUAAACAAUACCGUCCGCGUCACAGUGCUGUCCGACCUUAUACCCGGCACCGAAUAUCUCCUCUGCGUCGUGGCGGCCAACCGAGCUGGGUUCAGCCCGACGGACGAUGGCGUUCGAGAACACGGACUGUGCCGGCGUGUUCGAACCCCGGCUCACCAGAUGACCUAUGUCUAUAUAGCAGUGGGUUUGGCCUCUGUGGUAAUCCUGGGGGUUGUUUCUGUCCUCUUGUGGCGUUUCUACAUACGGAAAGCCAAACCCAUCCAGCAUGGAUCCUUGGAUAAUAUCCUAGACGGGGAGCUGAGUUCGGGACACGCCGGAGCCACCAACAGCUCAUUCCGGACGGAAGAACAACUGUGAUGGUUGCUUCCUAGUGCCAGUUUCUAUUAGUGUCCCAUUUUGGACAAUCACCGAGUUUCUUUUUACAGCGGGGACACUGAGGCACGAUCAUGGAGAGGCUGCACAAGUGAUGGAAGACAGAGGGGCUCCGAUGACGGACAGUCGGACCGAAGCCUCACUUUUCUGCUGGACGAUGGUUUUCAAAGUGAAUUGAUUCUCUUUACGGACUGCAGGUAGUCCUCGACUUACGACCGUGUGUUGAGCGACCAUUCAAAGUUAAAACGGCGCUGAGAAAAAGCGACUAACGACCAAUCCUCACACCGAACAACCAAUACAGUAUUCCCACGGUCACAUAAACAAAAUUCGAGCGCUUGGCAGCCAGCAUAUAUUUAUGACGGCUGCGGUGUCCCAGGGUCAGGCAAUCCCCAUUUGUGACCUCGUCAGCCAGCUUCCAACAAGCAAAAUCAAUGGGGGAAACUGGAUUCGCUUAAUGACCAUGUGAUUCACUUAGCAACCGUGGCAAAAAAAAAACCCUUGUAGUAUUGGGCUGUCUUAUAGCUGCCUAGUUUAGCAAUGAAAAUUCUGGUCCCAAUUGUCAUCGUAAGUUGAGGAGUACUUGUGUUCUCUUUCUCCCUCUUCCUUCCUUCCUUCCUCCCUCCCUCCCUCCCUCCCUCCUCCUCCUCUUCCUUCCUUUCUUCAUCCCUUUCUCCUCCCUGCCUCCCUGCCUCCCUCCUUCCUUCCUUCCACCCUCCCCCCUGCCACCCUCCCUCCUUCUCCUCCUUCCUUCCUUUCUUUCUUCCUUCCUUCCAUCCAUCCAUCCUUCCUUCCUCCCUCCCUCCCUCCUUCUCUCCCUCUUUCUCCUCCUCCUCUUCCUUCCUUCCUUCCUUCGUCCCUUUCUCCCCCCUGCCUUCCUCCCUCCUUCUCCUUCUUUCCUUCCUUCCUUCCUUCCUCCCUCCCUCCCUCCCUCCCUCCCUCCCUCCCUCCCUCCUUCCUUCCUUCCUUCCUUCCUUCCUUCCUUCCUUCCUUCCUUCCUUCCUUCCUUCUCCUGAUGGCUGCUAGUUCUCGGAAUGCAGAGAUAAUUUUCCAAUCCAGAUGUUGUGAAUUAUGUUUAUUUAUGUAUUUAUUAGCUCGCUCUACUAUCUCUCUCUCUCUCUCUUUUAAUCAUGCCACGGUACAGCUAUCCCCACCCUGGCAUCCCUUCGCCACUGUGUGAGUCGAUGACAGCACCAGAUGGGAAGAUCACACGUAAAGACAAUGGAAUGAGGGAAGGGAUCGAGGGGGGGGAGGGCCUCUUUCGGAGUGCGGGGUACUACAUCCUGUCUGUUGCAAUGACUGAAGGUACUUUGAAGAAAAAAAUGCUGGUUUCUAACACCUGCUUUUGUAGCUGGCUGGCAUCUUCAGAUCUACAAUAGCUCAUCCUUGAGGGGUUAGACUAGAUGACCUCACGGUCCUUUCCAACUGUUAGAUUCAAUGAUUCAGUAGUCCUACGGAGAAUGCCUUCCCCUGCCUGGAGUCACAGAUUCCAGGUUAUUUACUUCCCGCAAAGUUUAGCUCUGAUGCAGACAAAUCUCUCAAAAUCCAAAAUUAAUCCUUUUGCACCCAACAUUGUGAUCUGUUUAUUAAUUCAAAGAAGGAAACUACUCUAAGACUUAAAACCAUUUCAAGAGUUGUGAUCUCAUUUGGGGAAAACGCUACUUACUCCUGCAAGCUGCAGCUCCCCACAUCCUGCCAAUCACACCAGCUGGGAAAUUAAAAUUUAAUUUAUUUGUGCCAAUCACACCAGCUGGGAAAUUAUAAUUUAAUUUAAUUUAUUUUAAUUUAGGCGCGCCUCCCACUCCAAAAUCUUUCUGGAAUUCAAUAUCCAGACGGUUGCACAUUUUCCACCCCUAACUAACUUCCUCACCGAGGAAAGUUUUUUUUUUUAAUUUUCUACCAAUUUGGCAUUUAGAAACUACCGAAUUCUAUCUUUGUGGUCUCGCAAGUAGGAGAAAAACUCCAGUUUGAACAUCUGGAGAAUUACCGCUGUCCAGUCUGGGACUUCGGGUGUACAUUUCAGCCGCUCCUUUCCUGCUUAUUUAACAAACCUCUAUUUAUUUUGCACAAUGAGGACUAGAUUCUUAUUUUACUAAUAGGAGACAAAGCCAUAGCUUUCUAUGCCGUUUGGAAAAUCCCUCUCUAAGUAUGGAGACGUUUGUGGUUUGACUUGUCCUUGACUGGCUUAAUAAUUUAGCUGUAAGAACUUUUGUGUGUGUGUGAUUCUGUGUGUGUCUUUUUGUGUGCGGAUGGGGUUGGGCUCACACAAUGCUCUUCUCUCGGUAUGGCCUAACAGGGAACAAUCUGAGCCUAACUUACGAAUUUAAGAAUCAUUCUGUCAACGGAUGUUUACUUUUUAUCGCUGGGAAGAAUAAAAUUGGGUUUAAAUCUGA